UUACUCAUACAUCGGUCUGCGUUCUCAACAGACGGUCGAUUCGCGAGUUUCGGUGCGCGGCGCACAUCCCGCGAUUGGUGCGUGUUCUCCCUUUGCGACCCGUGGUGAAGCAAGUCCGUGAUGUUCCUCUAGUUGCACGGUUAUCUACGCGUUCCCUGGUUCGAGCUAAACGGUACAGUGGUGUUGUGGUGCAAGUGUGCAAAAGCCGCCGUGCUGCAAUCGAGCAGAAUGAAUAAACAAAAGUGACCGAUUGUUUAGUUCCUGCCCUAAACUACGAUGAUCGUUAGGUGACGCGAUUGGACUGUUGGAGUGUUGUUUUUUUUUUCAACGCUGAGUGAUAUAUCAAUUUAAGACCACCCGGUAUCCGUCCACCACAAGCGAGCGAAAAAGUGUGUGUAUCAAUUUCAGUUAAUCUGUCCAACUGCCAUCUGUGCGCCCAAAGUGUCAUCAGUGUUGAUCGCGUGUCUCACGUCAGCCGGACCAAUUGUGAUAAGUGUGCUAGAAUAAAUCACCGCCACCAGGACUGUCGGUUUGAGUAAAUGCUUUCCGUCCUUUUUACGGUUAGAGAAAACUAGUUACUUAAACGCCAGAGACAAAUCACCAAAAAUGAAUGGAAACGGACAUUACCACGGUCAUCGGGCGGAUAGUGAGGAAAAUCUGCAUAAGCCGCCGCACGAGAAUGGCGCCAACUCACAUCCUGCAGGAGCCGGUGCGGAAGCCAACGAACCCAACUUUGAUCGGCUGAACUUCAUGGGACGCUUAUCGUAUCACGUGUCGAUUGCGAUAGGGAAGUUUUUCUACCGGCUCGGUUACUGGAUAGCGAACAAUGCUUGGAAAACGAUCGGGUUAAGCUUUCUGCUGGUGGCUGUAUGCAGCGUGGGCUUCGUCCGGUUUCACAAAGAGAAGAGCCCGAUGAAACUUUGGAUACCGCUGGGGUCAAAGUUUCAGCACGAUACGAACUGGUUGAUUGAACACUUUCAGGAGGGUAAUCGGAUCGAGACGGUGAUGAUCACCGCCCCGGAUGUACUGGUGCCGGAGGUUUUGCAGACGAUUGCGAAAAUAACAGAGGAAGUAGAACGCUUCACGUUUCACAACAGCAAAGGACAUCGGUUAGGGUGGACCGACGUUUGCCACAAAGUUCCUUUCAUAGCGGAAUACACGGCGGACCAAACGCGGCGCAAGCGUCAUGCACAAGAGCUAGAAGAGCAAUCGGUGACGACACGGCGGCCAAAGAAGAGCAAACCCUUCUUCACACCGGUCAUCGACGUGCCUUCCUUUCUGUUCUGUCCAAUGCUGGAGCGGCUUGAGCUGGGGUGCUACGGAAGCAGCUUGCUGGAGCUAUGGAAGUACAAUGUGACCGUCAUGGAAGGACUCUCGAAGGAAGAUAUCGUUGAUAAGCUAAACCGCACCACGGUUAGCCCCAUGACUGGACACACGGUACAGUUUGCGGAGCUGCUGGGUGAUGUGAAGCGGGACUGGAGCGGACGGAUAGUAUCCGCCGGCUCACUGGUGACGCAUUGGUUCGUGCACGUCAACUUCUCGGAGGUCGAUUCGGAUGUUAGUGGGAAUGCUGCUGGCACGGAGGAUUGGGUCACCGAGAAUGCCCUGCUGUGGGAGGAGCAUUUCCUCAACAUUGUGGCCAAGGCAAAGCGCGAAUUGUCCAACAAUGAGACCGACAUUUACUAUGCGGCCGGAAGAAGUUAUGGAGACAUUAGCGAGGAAUCGAUGUUUAAAGACAUGGACAAGCUAGUGUAUGGCGGUAUCGUUAUGUUCGUCUACAUGCAGUUGGUGUUGUCGAAGUUCAGUUGGACCGAGUUUAGGGUUAUUCUUGGCUCCGUAGGGCUGAUGAGCGUUGGGAUGGGCUUCAUUUGCGGAUGCGGCAUUGUGGCUGCGAUUGGUGUGUCGUACGGCCCGGUUCACACCUCGUUACCGUUCCUGCUGAUGGGUCUCGGUGUAGACGACAUGUUCGUAAUGAUGGCUUGCUAUCGCAAGGUGCGCAAAGCCAAUCCCGAUCUACAGCUGGCCGAACGCAUGGGGCUAAUGCUGCAGCAUGCCGGCGCAUCCAUCACCGUCACCUCGCUGACGGACAUCGUUGCGUUCAUCGUGGGCUCCAUCACGGUCAUUCCCUCGCUGCAAUCGUUUUGCAUCUACGCGGCGGCCGGUGUAUUUAUGAUGUUCGUGUUUGUUAUCACCUUCUUCGUGGCCAUAUUUACGCUGGAUGAAAUACGCAUCGCUAGCCGGCGCAACUCGUUCCUGCUGUGGGUAGUGCACGAUGAAAAGUCGACCUCGCUCUGGUGUGAGUACAAUCUGAUGCAUCGCUUUAUCAACGUGCUCUACUCCAAGUUCCUGCUGACGACCGUGGGCAAAACGCUGGUCAUAAUUGCGGUGGUGCUGAUGACGAGCGUUAAUGUGCACAAUCUGCUGAAGCUGCGCCAGAAAUUUGACCCCAAUUGGUUCAUUCCGGAGGACACGUACUACAACCAGUUUGUGGUGAAGACGCACGAGCACUAUCCCAACGCAGGGUACGAGGCGAUGCUGCUGUUCGGCAACCUCAACUACACGGCCGAACUGCCCAAUCUGAUAAGCAUUACGCAUCAGCUCGAAAAUCGGACCGACAUACUGCACAGCUUCAGCUCGUGGGUGACCUCGUUUCAGGACUUUGUGCAUAUGCACUACGAUAAGGACAUUGCGGUAGAUCCGCUGACCGAUAAAGACUUUCGCAAGUACUUGACAAAGUUCCUCUUUAGCUACGAAGGAGGCCGCUUCCAGAUGAAUAUAAAGUUUGCGACCAAGCUCAAGUGUGGCCAGCCCGCACCCAACAUUACCGUCACGACGAUGGACUUUAAGUUUAGACCGUUCAAGGAGCGAGAGGAUUACCUGCCCGCUAAGUACGCCGUGGAGGAAGUGCUGGCGAGGAGUAACAUAAGCACGGGCGACCACUAUCGCACGCUGUGGGCGAAGAUAUUCGGGAACUGGGUGACGGACGAGAUUAUCGAUACGGAAAUUUAUCGCAACAUAUCGCUCGCGCUGAUCGGCGUGAUGUUCUGCUCGGUGGUGCUGAUAGUGAACCUUCAGAUCUGUUUCUGGAUAUUCAUUUGCGUGCUGCUGACGUUGGUCAACGUGGGAGGACUGAUGCAGGUGUGGGGACUUACGCUGGAUUUGGUGUCGUGCAUAGCGCUCCAGCUUGCUGUGGGGCUUUGCGUAGAUUAUGCCGCCCAUAUAGGUCACACCUUCCUGACCAUCAACAAAGGCGACCGGAAUCGUCGAAGUCUCGAAACAGUGCUACACAUCGGGGCAGCCGUUUUCUAUGGCGGAGGUUCAACCAUUCUCUCACUGUCGAUACUGUCCGGUUCGCAGGCGUACACUUAUAGGACAUUCUUCAAAAUAUUCCUACUCGUCAUUGCGUACGGACUGUUCCACGGUACGAUACUGCUGCCGGUGAUACUGAGCCUGAUCGGACCGGCACCGUACAGCGGAUCGCUCAACAGUCUCAACACGAUCAACAACAAUCCCAGCCCGGCAAAGAAAACUGGUCGCGAAGGAACGGAGAUGAUUUCGUUCAUUGGCAGUGAAAAGUAUAUACCAAAUGGUGCGGAACUGUAGGCAAAUCAGCGGCAAGCAGAGAUAGCUUUGUCGCCGGUCCAUCUCGUGCUCUUAUUGUCGUUAGAGCUUUUAGCAGGUUCUUUUAAACCCGUUCUAUCUCACGAACAAAGAAUGCCUAGCGACUCCAAUUGUGAUCGAUCAUGUUCUCUUCCAUUUGCAUGAUUUUAAGAAGUAUUUUUACUCCAGUGUACAUAUAGACGAUAGUGCGUUAGAAGCAUUAAGAACGAAAGGUGUGGGGUUGACAAUUAGUUGUAAGUGUAGAAAUGAUUAAAACAAGAUUGUUGAAAAUAAAACAAAAAUCAUCCAAGCACGUGGCACGAACAGCAGCGCUGAUAGUUCGUCCCAUGGUUAGAUUUG